UAUCUUCAAUGGACUAAAUAAGGAAAACAAACAUGGUGGAGGCUUUCAAAAAAAGAGUGGAAAUUUUUUUUUUUAAAAUGUUGAAAUUUGAACACUUUUGAUAUGAAGACUUUACAUUUGCAAAGUUUUCCUAAAUAUUUUCGGUGAUUUGAAAAUUGAACAAGGUGUUAUCAUAAUAUUCUCUUAUUAAGCUAAAAAAAUGUUUGCUAAUCUCAAUAGGUGAGGAAAGUAAAAAACUAAAAAUGAGGGUUCUUUGAAGGAAUCGUUGAGAAGUUUGGGUAUGUUGACUGUGAGAAACUCUCGUCUCCCGCCCAAAUUUCUGCUUCCCUUCCCAGUUCCCGCCGCAUUCCUUUGUUAUUCUUUUUCGGUUUUCCCCCAAUUUACAUCUUCUGAACCCUAAACCCGACGGUAGCUCGUUCCUGCUCCCGCCAGCCAUUCUCCCAUUACUGGCCUCCCGCCGGCGCUCGCUUCUCUCUCCUCGACUCCGCUGUUCUCAUAACUCCAGUCUACUCCGCCCCUACGGCCGAGGUAAAAAGCCUCAAACUUUCGAGCUUGAAUCAAUGGGGGCACCGAGUGUUGUUCUUAUUAUUCUACAUUUUGUUUGAUUACUGGCCAGUAAUGGGUGUGUUUAAUCAGAGAUUCCUUUGGCUUUCUUUAGUAAAGUAUGUGCAUUUGAAUAUGUAGGGCUGAGGUCAGCUAUGGAGAGAUACUUCAGUAGAACGGGCAACACUACUUCAAAGCCUUCUUCUCAUGAAGCUACCGAACCAAGGCCAAGUAAGCGUCCCAAAUGCGCGGCAACUCAAACCACUCAACUUUCUAAACCUUCCGCUCCCUGUAAGGAAAUUGGGAUUGAUUUGAAUUCUUUGAAAGCUUAUCCGGGUUUACGACGAAAGAUAUCCCAAGAGUGUGAGGUUGCAAUGGGUGAUCAACCGGAACCAAUGGAGAGCGACGAUAGGAUUGCCUUGGAGGCUGCAAUUGAGUGCAUCAAGUUUCUUAUAAGCUAUGGGUUGAUACUUCAUGGAUAUGGCAGAUCAGAGUCUUCUAGCAAUCAGGGUGAUUAUUAUGACAUUCUGAGCUUUCAUGUUCGUGAUCGAGACAAUUUGUACACUGUCAUGUGGGGUGAGAAUGGUAUGAGGCCGUGGGGUUAUGUUCCGAAAAUUCGCCAGCUGACCACUCCAGAGAAAGAAAGAGACAUCGUUCGUGCAAUGGCAGCUGAAAUAACUGCAGAUAUAAUUGGAGAACUUGGAGAUGGCCUUUUUUCCAUUUAUGUGGAUGAGGCUUGUGAUGCAUCAGGUAAGGAGCAUCUCAUUAUUACUUUGCGGUAUGUGGAUGAAGAUGGAUACAUUGAGGAGAGGUUUCUUGGUAUUUCUCAUCUUCCGGAUACUAAAGCUUUGACACUUAAGAUGGGGAUUGAAUCAAUGCUUGGGAAGCAUGGAUUGAGCUUGUCAAGGAUAAGGGCUCAGAGUUACAAUGGAAACAUAAAAGGAGAAGUCAAUGAACUCAAAAAUCUGAUUUUAGCAGAGAAUCCAUCUGCAUAUUAUGUUCACUGUUCUGCUCAUCCACUUGAGUUGACAUUUGUUGCUAUUGCUAAAAACCAUGGUGAUGUGAGCUGUUUCUUUACAACUGUCACUAGAUUGAUCAGUUUAGUGGAAGCACCUAAUAAAGGAAAUGACAGUGCUGGAGGCGGUCAAUUUGCGAAAGUGGCAGAGGCUUUAUUUCGAGCUGAUCAUAGGAAUGGAAGGCAGUUGAAUCGAGAAAUUGGCCUUGAAAGGAAUCAUGAUAGUCCUGGUCGGUCACUUUUCGAAACACUUCUUAUUUUGGAUGUGAUGUUCUCUGAUGUGAUUGACGGCCUAGAUAUCAUUCGACGCGAGGGGAAUUCUGAAGCAAAAGGAGAAGCAAUUGCAAUGUUGAUGUUGGUUCAGACUUUUGAUUUUGCCUUCAUCUUGAAAAUGAUGAUUGAAGUGCUAGGGAAUGCAGAUAUUUUGUCACGAGCGCUGCAAAUGAAAGAGCAGCAAAUUUUCAAUGCCAUGAGUCUUGCUCAUGUGGCAAAGAUUAUAUUUCAACGAUUGAGGCAGGAAGGAUGGAAGCCUCUUCUCGAUAAAGUACUUUCUUUUUGCAAGAAGCACUAUCUUCAUAUUCUUAAUAUGGACGAUCCUUAUGCUCCACUUGGAAUGCCCAGACGAAAUAUUCAACAAGGAACGAAUUUGCAUCACUUUCAAGUUGAGUUGUUUUAUACCGUUGUGGAUAUGCAAUUGCAAGAGCUAAAUAAUCAGUUUGAUGGGGUGAAUACGGAAUUGUUAAAGUGCAUGGGCUGCUUAAUUCCAGACAAGUCAUUUAAAGACUUCAACAAACAAAUGGUCAUGAAGCUUGCUACAUUUUAUCCCAGUGAGUUCUCUGAUGCUGAUAUCAUACCUCUUGAGAAUCAGUUGGAUGCUUAUAUUCAAGAUAUUCAGCUUGAUGAGAGAUUUAGAGGAUUGGAAGGAAUUGAGGCGCUUUCACGGGGCAUGGUGGCGACCGAGAAGCAUAUGAUGUAUCCGUUAGUUUACUUGCUUGUGAAACUAGCCCUGAUUUUGCCAAUUGCAGGGAGGACAAGUGUUGAACGAACCUCUACUCGUACAACAAAGUACAUCAAGAAAGAGCUUAGAGAUCGAAUUGCCGAUGACUCAAUGAAUGACUAUCUGAUAGCAGACAUUGGGGGCGGUGUAGUUGAAUGCUUUGAUAAUGAGGGUAUUAUAGAAUACUUGCAGAACAAUAUCUCAAAUUAGCUAAAUGCUAUUGUGUUAGAUUUUAUUGUAAUAUAUAUAUUUCGCAAUUUAUCUCAUCUUGAUGAAACCCCUGUUAAGGAUCGAGUUUCGUACACAGGUACUUUGAAUUCACUCCAGUACACAAACAACGUACACCGAAUUAGUUCGUAUGUAUAAAUUCAUUUACUAAACUGUUAAGAGUUUC